UUGCGAUGUGAAAUGCAAUACGGCUCUAAUUUUCCAUACACAAAUCCGCGUGGAACGGCGUUAGCUGCAAAUGUAUGCUUACAUAUUUUCAAUUAUAUGUCGCUAUCAAACCCAAAUUAUAUUUCUAUUUUAAAAAAAUAUGACGAUAAAUAUAUCCACUAUGUACAUAUCAAAAUUAGCUGGCAAGAACGACAUAGAUAACAGUUGUUAAAAGGAUAGGGACCAUAUACAUUUCUUUCUAUUUCUGUAUUUCUCUCAAAGAUCAAAUUUUUCUUUAGUUUUUGUUAAAACUUUCUUUCAAGAACCUAUCUUUUUAGCAUAUUGAUUGUUUUUAGAUCAGAAAAAAAAGCUCAUAUUUACAACAAUGGAGUUGAAACAUUGUUUUUCUUGUAUUUUUCUACUCUUUUCUUUCUCCAUUUUAGCUGGUGUUUCAGCUUCAGCUUCUUUAUCAGAUGGGAUUUUUGUUAAUGAAGCUUCAACUGGGAGGAAUUUACUUCAGGAAAAGAAACCUUGGACGUGUAUUCAUGUGGUUGAAAUAUCAUCUACGACUACCUGUUAUUUGGGGUGGAAAAGUACAGACAGCUCAUUGAUAAGGAUACUGUGCGUGGUGGUACUGCAUAUUUUUUUUUGGUCAAAUACGAGGCUUAAGAAUAUAAUCGCAGUUGCAUGGAUCUGCACCCUGCAGUAGACGGGACAACACCUCAAAAGAAUCACAACCUUGAUGUAAGAACAAUCACAAAUUCAUAUAGACGAAGCUAUUUAUGAUCAACAAGAUUCCUCGUUGAUGUUUUCGCGACAUCAUUAAACUUCAGAUCCAGAAUGAAGCAAUUGAAAAUCCAGCCAGCACUAAGUGUCUAACCAAAUACGAGCAAUUGUAUCAACACAUAACCUGCAAAAGGUGCUCCUUUAUUAUAUUAUAUAUGUCUAACUUACAGACAAUCACUCCAUUUGAAGCUACCUCAACAAUCUAAGAUUUUGUACAUCAUAUGCUUAGCAGUUCUUUUUCCCCAAUUGUGGGAUUA